AUGAAGACAUUCCUCAUAUUCGCACUGUUCGCUCUCUUUACAAUUGCCGUUACGGCCAAUUCUCCACUUGAUGAGGACCUCGCACUUCCCGGUGGAUGGCGCAUUGGUCAAGCCACUCUAAUGCAAAACGAUGCGAGUGAUUUAGCCAAACGAGAUUUCGGUGCUCAAAUAACCUGGUACGAUGGCAACGAUCUUAAGAACUCUGCAUGCUACGGGCGCAACGGUUUGAAAGUCUAUAAUGCGAAGCCAAGCGACUUUAUUGGGGCCAUGUCGAUGCGAAAUUUCGAAAUGUGCUACAAGUGCAUCCAAAUCAAGAACGGCAGAUCCAGCGUUAAAACAAUUAUCGUAAAAAUUAUCGACUUAUGCGCUGGAUGUGAUCCAAAGAAAAAGAAUGUCGAUCUUACACCAGGAGCAUUCAGGAAAUUAGCAAACCUGGACGACGGUCGAGUUGAGAUCGUGUGGAGACCUCUUCCCAACUGCCCCAAAACCGGUGCGUGGCCUACGUUCGAAAAUCACUAA